AUGUUCCCGUCCAACGUGACCACCUGUGGAGCUGCAGGAGUGCCUCUCUCUGUGGACUUCUGCAGCCCCGAGGACUAUUUCAUCUUUAUCUUCCAGAUUCUAUUUGCCACCGCCACGGUUCUGGUAGCUGGGACAGUAGUGAUCAGCAUCUCGGCCACCAGAGCGCUCCGCAUUCAGAACAGGUUUAUUUUCAUGCUGAACACGAGCAUCUGUGACACAAUGAUUGGCUUUUCAGUGUAUUAUCUGGGUCUGUUUGACGUUCAGGAGGCAUAUCCGUCCAGAAACGGAACCUACUAUGUGCUGCUGGACCUUUUAGGGGUCAACAUCUUGACCUUUUUGUUUGCUCAGCUUGACAGGUACGUUGCGGUGUGCUACCCGUUCAUCUACAGCCGUUUCAUAACAAGACCCUUGGUGAUUGGCAUCAACGUCUUCUGUUGGGUUCACGUUUAUUCUCAUGUGAUCGCCAGAUGUCUGUUACCGAUCUCUAAAUCCAAGCAGCUGUACGCAAUCGGCAUCAUCCUCUUUCAGCUUAUCGUACUCACAAAGGUAGUGAUGACUAUCAAGCUGUAUGUGAUUGCAAGGAAUCAGCUUGAGAGGGACCCUCCUGGUCCCGAGAGAGAAAACAAGAAAGAAUCUCUGAAAAUAAUCAUCUUUGUUGUCGUAAGCUUCCUGGUGCUGUGGGGUCCUUCUUUUGUGAAUAUCGUUGCCAGAUUUGCAGGAGGAGGGCUGGUUUUUAGAAAUGAGGCCACUAACAUCUUUGCUAUCUUGGCCCGUUUUAACGCUGUGUGCACCCCGUCUGUGUACAUCUGGGGGAGUCCGGCUCUGAGGGCGGCCUCGAUGAGGACGGUGUGGGGGAAGGUGUGUCCCACUCGCAGGUGCAAGAGGAGGUGAGGAAAGCGGGGGGAAAAAAGGCUUUACAGAACAUUUUUUAUCAUUAAUACCUUCUUCUGACCUGAUUGGUGCUUCUUGUUUUCCCUCAGAGUUGGUUCCCGU